CAUCCUCCAAAUUGACACCACCGUCUUCUUAUAGCUUGUAUGUCAAUACUUAGAUAAACAGUGCAUUUCUGAAGAUACAAGGGAACAGAAGAUAAGAAGAAAUAGGACAAAAUGAAGGGUCUUUUGGUGUUCCUCUUGCUUGUGGUUUCGACGUUAGCAGAACCUCCUAUUGAUAACAGAUAUCUUCCGCCACAAAGUUUCAGUUCUUCCCCUUCGCAAGCAUACGGCUUGCCAGGAUUUGGUGGUCAAAGGCAGAGCGGUGCUGGGUUCAGAGGACGUCUUUCUGCAACCUACGGCGCUCCAUCCAGAUCUCAAUCUCUCUCCAACCAAUACAUACCUCCCCGAUCAUCAAAUCAGUACCAAGCAGCCUCUUCCUCGUACCAAGCGCCAACCUCCCAGUACCAAGCUCCCACCUCCCAGUUCCAAGCACGCUCCUCCCAGUAUCAGGCCCCCUCCUCCCAGUAUCAAGCACGCUCUUCCCUGAACCAAGCAUCUUCCUCGUACCAAGCACCGUCAUCUCAGUAUGGAUUGCCGAACCAAGCUUUAGGAUCAGCUGGUUCUUAUGCUGCACCUUCUCAAGAAUAUGGAUUACCUGGACUAGGAAGAGGAGGCAGCCAAGGCUUGCUUGGGGGGAAUGAAUUCAGCCAAAGUAGGCAAUACCUACCACCAGGUGGCAGGAGUGGCUAUGAUGAUGGUAGUAACGGAGCACCCGCAAACUACAACUUUGAAUACAUGGUCCUAGAUCAGUAUUCGGGCAACGAUUUCGGUCAUCGGGAGUCCAGACAGGGAGACCGCGCUGAGGGAGUUUACUAUGUGCUGUUACCAGAUGGAAGGAAACAGACGGUACAAUACGAGGCUGACCAAGAUGGAUACAAACCACGAAUCUCGUACGAAGACACAGGGCGCCGCGCAAGCGUAGGCUACGACAGAAACAGCCAGGCUUACAGCAGUAACCAGUACGAAAAUGGACCCUAUUAAGUAGUACAUAAAACUUAAAAUUGAUUGUCAUGACUCUUGUAGACUUCUUAGGCUGAGAUUCAGACACUGUUAAAACGAGACAGUGUUAUAGAACUGGCAUAAAUCUGUCUCGUUUUAACUGAAACUUAACUCUAUAGGUCUCAGUUUUAGACCCCAAGGUUUGCGCCGUCCCUUUUUGCCUAUGGUCUUCUCAAAUUGAAAAAUAUUUAUACUUGCCAUUUUUUUUAUUUCGAAAUUUUCACUUUUACCUACUUACUUAGGCAAUUUUCUAUUUUUAAAGUAAAUUAUUUGUACCAACGACUUAGCAAUGAUAAUGGACUUGGAAUAGUAUUUAUUUUGAGUAAGUAAAUAAGAAAAAAAAACUUUCUAAGUUUUUAUUAGGUAAAUACUUCUGUACAACUUUGCGAGGAAAUAAUAUAAUCAUACAUUUAAUUAGAUUCCCCAUAUUUUCUAAAAAUGUUAUUUGUUAAGAAAUGAGGCCAGUGAUACCAAAUUCUUUUCCAUAUUUUUGUAUAUUUUGUCUCUUAUUAUGUGUUAUCUAUGCAAU